CACAUGCGCGAUCCUCAGACUCUCGCGAGAAGAGCCGCGCGGGCCGGAAAGAUGGCGGCCCCCAGUCCCCAGGAGCUUAAGAGCCAGGCGGUGCCCAGCGCCACCAAACCGGACGGCGAGAUGGUACUGCCGGGCUUCCCCGACGCAGACAGCUUCGUGAAGUUUGCUCUUGGGUCAGUGGUGGCAGUCACCAAAGCGUCUGGGGGCCUGCCACAGUUUGGUGACGAGUAUGACUUUUACCGAAGUUUUCCUGGCUUCCAGGCAUUUUGUGAAACCCAAGGAGACAGGUUGCUGCAGUGCAUGAGUAGGGUCAUGCAGUAUCACGGGUGUCGCAGUAACAUUAAGGACCGAAGUAAAGUGACGGAGUUGGAGGACAAGUUCGAUUUACUGGUCGAUACCAAUGAUGUGAUUCUGGAGAGAGUGGGUAUUUUACUGGACGAAGCCGCAGGGCUGAAUAAGCACCAGCAGCCUGUCCUCCCCGCAGGCCUCCAGGUCCCCAAAACGAUAGUGUCCAGCUGGAACCGGAAGGCAGGCGAAUAUGGCAAAAAAGCCAAAUCCGAAACUUUCCGGCUGCUUCAUGCAAAAAAUAUCAUCCGGCCUCAGCUCAAGUUCCGAGAGAAGAUUGACAAUUCCAACACGCCAUUUCUUCCUAAAAUCUUCAUCAAGCCCAACGCCCAGAAGCCCCUCCCUCAGGUUCUCUCCAAGGAGAGGCGGGAACGCCCCCAGGACCGGCCUGAGGACUUGGAUGUGCCCCCUGCCCUGGCGGAUUUCAUCCAUCAGCAGCGGACUCAGCAGAUCGAGCAGGAUAUGUUUGCACAUCCUUACCAGUAUGAACUGGAUCACUUUACUCCAUCUGAGUCAGUGCUUCAGAAGCCGCAGCCCCAGCUGUACAGACCUGUAGAAGAAACUCCCUGCCACUUUGUGUCCUCCCUGGAUGAACUCGUGGAACUCAACGAGAAGCUGCUGCGCUGUGAAGAGUUUGCUGUGGACUUGGAGCACCACUCCUACAGAAGCUUCCUGGGCCUGACCUGCCUGAUGCAGAUUUCCACCCGCACAGAAGACUUCCUUGUGGACACCCUGGAGCUCCGCAGCGAGAUGUACAUUCUCAACGAGAGCCUCACCAACCCCGCCAUCGUGAAGGUCUUCCACGGUGCCGAUUCUGACAUCGAGUGGCUGCAGAAGGACUUCGGGCUGUACGUGGUGAACAUGUUUGACACCCACCAGGCCGCACGCCUUCUCAACCUAGGCAGGCACUCGCUCGACCACCUGCUGAGGCUCUACUGCGGGGUGGAGUCCAACAAGCAGUACCAGCUGGCAGACUGGAGGGUCCGGCCGCUGCCAGAGGAAAUGCUCAGCUACGCCCGGGACGACACCCACUACCUGCUGUACAUCUAUGACAAGAUGAGGCUGGACCUGUGGGAGCGCGGCAACGAGCAGCCUGUCCAGCUGCAGGUGGUGUGGCAGCGGAGCAGGGACAUCUGCCUCAAGAAAUUUGUCAAGCCUAUCUUCACAGACGAGUCCUAUCUUGAACUGUACCGGAAGCAAAAGAAGCAUCUCAACUCACAGCAGCUGACAGCUUUCCAGCUGCUGUUUGCCUGGAGGGACAAAACAGCGCGCAGGGAGGACGAGAGCUACGGAUAUGUUCUGCCAAACCACAUGAUGCUCAAGAUAGCUGAGGAGCUGCCCAAGGAACCUCAGGGCAUCAUCGCUUGCUGCAACCCGGUUCCACCUCUUGUGCGGCAGCAGAUCAAUGAAAUGCACCUUCUAAUCCAGCAGGCUCGAGAGAUGCCCCUGCUCAAGUCUGAGACUGCAGCCGGGGUGAAGAAGAGCGGACCGCUGCCGGAUAUUGAGAGGUUGGAGAAUGUUCUCUUUGGACCUCACGACUGUUCCCAUGCCCCUCCGGACAGCUACCCAGUCACCCCAACUGCCGGGCCGGUGCCAGCGUGGAAGCAGGCAAGCCUCUUUGCUGACCUGAGAGAGGAGACUCUGCUGGACACCCAGUGCCUUCUCGCCACAGCUGUCAUCACCGUGUUUGAUGAACCCAGUGCCGAGGAAAAUGGAAACACUCCAUUAACAGCCGCACAGAAAAGGGCCCGGAACAUCAUGGAGUCCUUUGAGAACCCAUUCAGGAUGUUCCUGCCUUCGCUAGAGCACCGGGCCCACAUCUCCCAGGCAGCGAAGUUCGAUCCCUCCUCGAAAAUCUACGAGAUCAGCAACCGUUGGAAGCUGGCCAGCCAGGUACAAGUACAGAAAGAAGCUAAAGAAACUGCCAAGAAGAAGGCGGCGGAGCAGACAGCCGCCCGGGAGCAGGCAAAGGAAGAGUACAAAGCCACCGCAGGGCAGGCCAUCUCCGUGCGACAGCAGGCCGUGCUGGAAAACGCCGCCAAGAAAAGGGAGCGAACCACAAGUGACCCGAGGGCCACAGAGCAGAAGCAGGAGAAACGACUCAAGACUGCCAGGAAGCCAAAGGCCCCGGCUCCACCCGAGAAAGAGUUCACGCCUUAUGACUACAGCCAGUCGGACUUCAAGGCUUUCACUGGAGAUGGCAAAUCCAGACCUUCCUCCCAGUUUGACCCGAACAAGCAGACGGCAGCUGGCAAGAAAUGCGCUGCAGCCAAAAAACCCAAACAGUCAGCGGGGGCCAAAAGCGUGUCCUUCCCGACCGGGAAGUCGGACAGAGGCUUCAGGCACAACUGGCCGAAGAGAUAGUGCCGUAGGACCUCGGGACCGACCGGGCCUGGAGGCGCCCGUGUGCUGCUGGUUUUGUACGGACGGAUUUUUAAAUCAUUAAAACGAACCCCUCCUGAAGAAA